AUGGCUUCGUUUAGCUCUGUGCUUUUGCCUUUGCACCCACAAGUUUCUUCUGGCGAGGAGCCUCGGCAGCCUCCUCACCUGCAUUUACCUCCUGUCUCCCUGACCCCACAAACUGCACGGCGUCUGCUGCAGCAGCACAAAGAGUGGAGCCUUGCUGCUGUAUUUACUGGCGGCGGCUUCUCUGUUGCAGCGACCUUUACGGAGCCAGCGGACUUUUUGGCGUUGGCUCGCGCUUAUGACUCGCGGGAGAAGACCAUAGCAAACGGCAUUUCUUUCUUGGGUCACACAUACCCAGUAACAAGGUUUGCGCCUCCCCUUAUCAUUUGCCGUCGCGGCACUGGGGAAGACACGGAGGGCCUCGCAGUCUUAAAGGGUUCAUCGCGCAUGGGCGAGGACCUGCUGCUCGUUGCGGUGUACAGACCGCCGGCGGUUUCCGCUUCGGCAGUGGCGCAGAUGCGCCGCUUCUUUGUCUCUCACUUGGGGACACUGCCGGCGUCAAGCCCCUCUAAAGCUGUUCAACAGCUACUCGCGAGACAACGGAGAAUGUAA